GGAAGACGCAAGAACGCGAAGGUCACGGCAGUGGAAACCACAUCGAAACGUGGAAGACGUCUGCCGUGAGGUCUAGGUUCUCGUCGAGUCGGAGGACACCCUGAUGUGAGACCGCAAGCAGCAGCAGCAGCCACAGAGGGGCGACUGAGCGCCGGCCUGACAUCGUCAUGGAGGACAAGGAGCCACCGUACGCGCCCUUCUUCGGCAUCAUGGGCGCCGUGGCGGCGAUAGCGUUCAGUGCGCUGGGUGCAGCUUACGGCACUGCCAAGUCCGGCGCGGGCAUCGCCGCCAUGUCGGUGAUGCGUCCCGAACUCAUCAUGAAGUCCAUCAUCCCGGUCGUCAUGGCCGGUAUCAUCGCGAUCUACGGACUUGUCGUGGCGGUACUCAUCUCCAGCGCGCUGAGCGCUUCAUACAGGCUGUACCACUCCUUUCUGCACCUGGGCGCCGGGCUGAGCGUCGGUCUGAGUGGCUUGGCCGCGGGCUUCGCCAUCGGCAUAGUCGGGGACGCCGGUGUACGCGGCACGGCGCAGCAGCCUCGGCUCUUCGUCGGCAUGAUCCUGAUCCUCAUCUUCGCCGAGGUGUUGGGUCUGUACGGGCUCAUCGUAGCACUCAUCAUGUACUCACGUUAGUACAACCCUUCACCACCCUAAAGGCCUGCGUC